UGUGUUCAUUGUAUGGAACGCAGUCUGGAGACAAGACUACACCAAAGGAGCAGCUCAUCCUCAGAAUGCGUGCACGAAAUGGCCACAAUGCCACCUGACCAAGAGCAGGAGGACAUGACUCUGACUCAGGAUGAAGCUGUGGAGGCAAGUGCAGGGCUAGACAUAGAGGAAGAAGAUCAGGAAAGUACUGGAGCUGAAGAGGAGAUGCAGCACAGCAAUCAGGAGGAAGAAGAUGAGGAAGGUGGAAAGGGUGUUAAAGAAGAGGAGUGUAAGGGACUGGUGGAAGAAGAGAGGCAAGAAGGGGAAAAGGAAAGGAGAUGGGAUGUAAACAAAGGGGAGACAGGUGGUGAAACAGAAAUAGGUAGAAGAGAAGAGAAUGAGGACAGUGAGGUGGAGAUCACUGAAGAGGAAGUAGGAACAGGCGAGGGAGAGGGAUCAUCAGGUUCUGGAGACCCUGAGCAUGGAGAAAGUGAUGGGAUACCAGAGCAGAGUGAAUGUGUGGAACAGGAGCAAGAGGAGGUGUCUGAUGAAGAGGCUGGAGAGAAGUUACCAAACUUGGAGCAAGAGGGAGUCCAGGAAAAAGGAGAUGGAGUAAAGGUAGAGCUGGAGGGUGAUGAGGAUGAUGAAGCCCAAGGAAGUGGACAUUUUGAGGAGUGCAACGAAGAAGAAGGAGAUGCAGAAGGGGAAAGAAAGAGCAUGAUUAGUCUCAGUGAGAGCAGUGAUGAUGAUGAGGGAGAGGAUGGAGAGAAAGGAAGAGAUACUAUGAAGGAAAGCGCAAAGGAACAAGAGGCGAUGGAGGAUGAUAUCAGUAUGGAAGAAGAAGAGGCAGAUGAGGAAGAGAUUAAUGAAGAAGAGGCAGAAGACAGCGAAAAGAAAGACAGAGAGGGAAGUGGAAUAGCUGAAGACUCUGCAGCUUCAAACAGCGGCGAUAAGGAGAGUAAGGAAGAAUCAGACUCGGACGAUGAAAUAAUCAGCUCGCAGCUGGAAUACAGGAAAAUUGAAGCAACCAAUGAAAGCUGGAAUCUGGAAGGCUGGAAUACUAAAGCUAAAGAAAAUAUGGCAAAGAUUGAGGAGGAGGAAGAGGGGGAAGAAGAUGGGGAAGAACACAGGAUGAACAACAAGAAGGCCAAAUAUGAGAGAGCUUCCAUUCGAAAUGUCAUGACUAACGAUGAGGCGGGCGAGUCGGCUGAUGUUCAGGAAGACAUUGAAGGUCUUCUAGCUCCACGUAGAAGUUCUCCAAAACCUCAUGUUUCAGACACUGUGGAGGAGAAGGCAACAGGAAGAGCCCCAGCUCUGAAAGAGGUACCCAGCAGCCACCCUGCGUGUAAUGCACCCAGGGAGAAAAAAAAAAUCAGCGUGAAACCUAAAGCUUUGUGGCACGACUCGGAGAGCGACUCGGUAGAGGAGCCGCUGGCUCGCGAGAACCCGGCCGCACCGUCGAUGGAUGACCAGGACGACUUUGAUGGCUUCUAUGAUUAACAAAGAUGAGAUCGAGCAGCUCCACUAAUUCAUGGCAAAUGCCAGCCCAAAAAAGUAGAGGCAUACUUAGCAACACUGUGUACAGAACACUUACUAGAAU